AUGUUCUUCCGGCACAUUUAAGCGCCUUCUCGUUGACCCGGAAGUGGUUGUGUCCACGCGUGAAUCGUUGCAGAUACGAAGCCAGUCAACCGGUAGAUACGAGCGGGACACGAACUGAGGAGAAACUGUUUUUCAUUAUUAAUCAGCAGCCAUGAGUUUGUUAACGAAGCCCAAGUCGGAGAUGAGCCCCGAGGAGCUCCAGAAGCGAGAGGAGGAGGAGUUCAACACCGGCCCCCUGUCGGUGCUCACCCAGUCGGUGAAGAACAACACGCAGGUCCUCAUCAACUGCCGCAACAACAAGAAGCUGCUCGGCAGAGUCAAGGCCUUCGACAGACACUGCAACAUGGUCCUGGAGAACGUGAAGGAGAUGUGGACCGAAGUCCCCAAGAGCGGGAAGGGGAAGAAGAAGUCGAAGCCCGUGAACAAGGACCGCUACAUCUCCAAAAUGUUCCUGAGGGGCGACUCGGUCAUCGUGGUGCUGAGGAACCCUCUGAUCACCGGGAAAUGAACACUGUCUGAAACCCGACGGCAGUGGACCGUCACUCACGUUCGCCCUUUUUGUUUUUUGUUUCAUGUUUUUUUUUUCUUCUUUGACCGAUGUCGUCGGGUCACUGCGUGAAAUAUCGUGUAGACACAAAAUUAUGUUUCUACUGUUUUGAGGCACAUUGGUGCAGGAUUUUGAUUUUGUUGUCUCCAGAACGUUUCUCAUUUUAAUAAUAAAAGUGAUGAAAAGA